UUUCCGGGUCUUUUUAAAUCGUCGAUUAUGUGAUUGGAAUAUCGACAAAAUUUAAUCGAUUGCAUUGAGCAUCUCCAUCCCGUUGUUGUGCGCGCUUCAUCGGCCGGUUGAACAAUAAACAAACGCAAGUGCAACGGAAUUCCGGAGAGUUUCGGUCGUAAUUUGAAUUAAUUUGAGUGAAAUAUUUAGAUAAUCUUCCCCAAACAAUGUCCGCCAAACUGAUCCACGGAUGGUCCCUUCCGGAUGGUGCGUUUUUUCCGUGUUCCAUACACAGCAUCGGCAACGACGCGAAAACCGUGCUGAUAGUGCCGGGGGGCGGCGUCGGUCAAGUUUUUACACUGGUCAUCAAAAAUUUCCAACACAACGUUCAUGCGGAUGGCGCACCGCCACACAAGGUGUUCCGCAUCAAGCUGAAGAAAGGUGAAGGCCGAAAUUGUUUGGCGGAAACGGUCAUAACCGCGUCGCAUACCGUGAGUCGUACGGUCGGUGGUGAAUUGGUGGUGUUCGGUUCGUUUCGCGAGGGCAACGUGAUUGAUGGGAUCCACGGGAUUAAGGCCAUUGGGUGCAUGGAAGAGGGAUCGAAACUAGCCGUGAUUCGAGCAGCUGGGGAGAACAAACUAAAGCUGGAAGUGUUGGACGACCUUGUUGGAUGUCAAGUAAACGACGUUUUACAAUCUUUCGAUCUGCCUUGGGAGAAAAGCGAAUUCGAAGUGAGCCAUGAUAGCCAAAUGUACAAGAUCAAAAGCGUUAGAAUCGCUAAAAAUGAUACAAAUUUUUUCAAGAGAUUUCUCAACUGCAACGAUAUAGCAGAGGAAAAAGAAAUAAUACUAUUUACUAUGGAUAAUGGACUUUAUUGGCUGAAAAUCUUAGAAGGGAGCUACGAAAUAGUAACUGUUAAAUUAUACCCGGCCCUAAUUGAGGACUACAGUUAUGCUCCUACUACCGGAUGCUUUGCAGUUCUAGUGUCUAACGCUGUGUUGCACAUAUAUUCAAUUUCGGAAGAUGCCGAUUGUCUAUUGCUACAGGAAGAUAAACGAUAUCUGGGUCCCUCUGUAGAUACUCAUUUGUUUAUCGCUGAGUUGAGCACUUUCCUAUACUCUAGUAGGUCUCAUGUAACACAAAUACGAUACUAUUAUUCUGAACUCAGUAAAGCUAUUCUAAACGUGUCCAAGGAAAUCCAAAUAGUCGGAGUGGUCGGAUUGACCUACUUGGAUUACGCAAAGAUGGCUGUAUGCAUUACGGACAACAGACUAUUCUAUUCGGUUCCAAUUCAUAAGCUGACCGAUGCCAACUGCAACCCGCAGAACGCCUACUUUGAAUUGACAGAUGAAAUAUUGUCGCAAGCGAAUCAGAUGACAUGUCUCCUCACGAACGAGGUAACCAUCGAAAAAGUAAUAGUCAAGCAAAUCAACCAUGAACAAGUGCAAAUCGAUAUUCUUACCAGCAGUGAUAAUCACGUGCACGAGAAACUCAUUGAAGUUGAACUAAUGUACCACAAACACUUGCCGAAUUUGCGCUACAGCACUCUGAUUUUAAAUGAUAAAGCCCACAUAAGCAACUUGUUUGUCCAGAUGGACAUCACCUUAAACAGAGGCAUCAAAGCAAUCGUGAAUCGUCAAAGAGAUUGGCAUUUGCUAGUUUGCUUGGAUGAGGUCAUCACGCAGAUUCCUUUCAACCAAGUCAAUUACGUUGAAGACACGAUCAUCAGAAUACUCGCUCCAAUCGAAGCAAGUAAAGUCCAAAGGCAUGGGUUUCCACGAAUAGAAAUAAGUGCAAUGGUUACAGUUACUCACCACCAUGAUAGACUUAUGCUAGAAGUUCCCCUAAAACUGAAAAGCCAAGACAACGUUGCUGUAUUAUUCGAAGCUAGCUCACAUGAAUCCAAAACAACGAAUCCAGAGAGUCAACUGACAAACGUACCACGUGAUCUCAUUCGACACUGCGAGCAAAAACCGUCUGUUCGGGCCCCAACGCUAGAAUUUCAUCUGCAGCGAUUGUCAGAAUGCCCAACAUUGAACAAUUUUCUGUCCCAAAUCGGAAUCCCGCUGGAUAGCUGCGAUAAUGACGGUACCGCUACUAAGAACAAGGGUUAUAUACGCCUUGGAGACUUCCUCUGCGAAGUGGAACUAGCUGAUCAGGGGAAAUUCCGGUUUAAAUCGACUUCUGCCGGAGCACUGUAUCUGCUGAAAGUAUUAUGCAGUAAAAAGUUUCAACAUAAGGUGGUCAACGUCAGUUCGGAACAGUUGAAGGCUAUGCGGUUGCAACUGUUGCAAUGUGAAAACGAUUUCCAAACCGUUGCAUCCUACUACCGGCAAAUCAGGACACCCUUCGAUAGUAGGCGCUGGACUGAGCGUAACGUUGACAGACGCAUAAACUUCGAUGCACUCUUCCCACCGCCCAUCAUCACCCAAACACCCAUACCACCAGUCUGGCGCUGUAGAAACAGAAUCAGCGGAGAAAGUGAAAAGGCGAAACAUAGCAUUGGUAGCAUAAUACAUAACAUAAGGUGCAUACACUCGUUCCUGUACAUUGAAGCUGGAAGCUUCUUUGGCUACUAUCAGCGGCUUACACCAUACAAAGACAGUAUUGUUGUGUCCUGUCAAUUAUAUAUAUCACAAACGCCACUAAGAUAGGGCGUAAACCCGACCGCGACAGUGUUUAUGAUUGGAAAAAAUUGUAGUUUCUCCCGUCAAAUUGGUAUUAAUUACCCAGGAAAAACAAGUGCAAUUCACGAGUGAUAGUGAAGAUUAUGAAACACUACUUCCAAAUCGUGUGCAUAAUUGAAUAAGGAAAUAUACUUAGUUCCUUAGUGCAAGAUUGAAUCUCCAUCAUCGUCGGCUAGCGCUAUGCCCCCGCUGAAUAGCUACAAUGAAAAUGGCAAUGCAAGUGAUAUUAUCUGUUCGCUCACCCAGUCGCAGAUGGCUAUCAAUCACACGGGAACCGAUUCCGCGACCUCCGCUAGACCGAUAUUCAAUUGUACCCAGUACUCACAAAAGGUUCUCCUAAAUCUGAAUGCCCUACGCCAGAAUACGCGUUUCUGCGAUGUGGAGAUUGUCGUCGGAAGCACGACGAUCCAAGCCCACCGAGCUGUGUUGAGUGCAGCUUCCGCCUAUUUCGAGGCAAUGUUCCGACCUGAGUUGGGACUCAG